CUCAUUAUGCAGACAGUAAACCACAGAUCCUGCUGAACAUCCUAUUUGCACACACCAUUGUCUUUCACCCUCCGGAACUCUGAAAUAGACUUCAUCUGUGUUUCUGUGUUUAGGUGAAACUUCUGUAUGUCAACAACCUUUACUCAGAGACUUGGUUCUAGAGUGUUAGAGACCUGGUUCUAGGGUGUUAGAGACCUGGUUCUAGAGUGUUAGAGACCUUGUUCUAGGGUGUUAGAGACCUGGUUCUAGAGUGUUAGAGACCUGGUUCUACUGUUCCAGAGUAGAUCUCCAGGAAGAGGACCAGGAGGACCAUGCUGAAGAAGGUGCUGCUGGGUAGUCUGGGAGCAGCUCUGGUGCUGACUGCAGGCAUCCUGUUGGGGCACUUCGGCAUCCAGAGGGGCUCCACCGCCCCUGACUGGGUAAUGGACGUGACACAGGAUGUAGACGAGGCUCUCAUCCAGAAGUUUAUCGUAGAGGUGGACAACAUUGCGAUACAGGAGAACCUCAGGGAGCUGACUAAAGUGCCCCACAUGGCGACCUCGCCAGGGGACGAGCAGACGGUUCAGUACAUGUUAAAGAGGUGGCAGGACCCAGACACAGGUCUGGACCAGGCCUGGAGGGAGGAGUACAAGGUCUACCUGUCCUUCCCAGACCCCAACACCCCCAACAAGGUCACUGUGGUGAGCCCUUCUGAUGCUGUCCUGUACACUGCCAGAGAGAAGGAGAAGGCAUAUAGUUCAGACCAGGAGGAUCCUGAGGUGGUACAGCCCUAUGCAGCCUACGCCCCUGCCGGACACCCAAAGGGGAGACUGGUCUACGCCAAUCAAGGGAAGCCCAGUGACUACUUCCUGCUCAACCAGACCCUGAACCUGACAGGGACCGUCGCUAUCACCAGAUAUGGAGGAGAGGGGAGAGCAGGGAAAGCCAUCAAUGCAGCUCCGUACGGUGUGAUCGGGGUGCUGGUCUACACCGACCCGUGGGACAUCAACGAUGGCAAGAUGUCCGACAACAACGAGACGUACCCCUUUUCCUGGUACAUGCCCCCCUCAGGGGUGGAGAGGGGCUCCUUCAACACCCACUAUGGAGACAUGCUGACACCCUACCUGGCCGCUAAAGAUGACACAUACAGAAUACCAGAAAAGAAUAUCACCGGGAUCCCGCCAAUCCCGACUCAACCAAUCGGGUUUGAGGAUGCCUACGCCUUGAUCUGUGAGCUGGGAGGAGAGCCCGCCCCAUCCGAAUGGCAGGGAGCAUUCAACUGCACGUAUAAUUUUGGUGGACCAGGAUUCAAACCAACAUCCAACUUCAACAACAGCGAUGUAAAACUGGACAUCUAUAACCGUGAGGAGCUGAAGAAUUCUGCCAAUGUGAUGGGGGUGAUUCGCGGCAGUGUUGAGCCAGACAGGUAUGUGAUCUACGGUAACCACAGAGACAGCUGGGUCCACGGGGCCAUCGACCCCAGCAGUGGAACCUCCGUGAUGCUGGAGGUGACCCGGGUGCUGGGACGGAUGGUCAAGCAGGGGAAAUGGAGGCCACGGAGGUCCAUCAUCUUUGGGAGCUGGGGAGCCGAGGAGUUUGGUCUGAUUGGAUCCACAGAGUACACUGAGGAGUAUUACAGCAAGCUGAGUGAACGUUCUGUCGCCUAUAUCAACGUGGACAUAGCUGUAUUCGCUAACGCUACUCUAAGGGCAUCGUCGUCCCCCUCUGCUCAGAGUGUUAUCCUCAAGGCCUCCAAACAGGUGAAGACACCUGGAUCAGACUCGACAUCCGUCUACGACAACUGGAUUCGCUACUUCAACCGCACUAGCCCCGCCUACGGAGUCAUCCCCAAUGUGGGUUUUCUGACUGGGGCAGGAAGUGAUUACGCUGCCUUCAUCCACUUCCUAGGUAUCACCUCCAUGGAUAUCUCCUACACCUACGACAGAACCAAAACCAGAGCCAGAAUCUACCCAGCGUACCACACGGCAUACGACACCUUCGACUAUGCCUCCAAGUUCAUCGACCCAGGGUUCACCAGUCACCAGACGGUUGCCAGGACGGCAGGGAACGUCCUGAUACGAUUGGCUGAUAGUCUUCUGUUGCCGUUCAACUGCAGUGACUAUGCAGAGACUCUGGAAGGAUACCUCAGUAAGGCCAUGGAGCUGUACACUGAUGGACUGGCAGCACAUAUGAUCUCUAUAGAGCCAUUACAGACUGCUGUGAGGAAUUUCCGUUCUGCAGCCGCCAGACUGGACCAGCUGAUCAGAGAUUCAGACUUGGCCAACGAGACACAUGUGAUCUGGGCCUCCAGUAAGGCUGGACAGGCUACCUUCCCAGGACUGGCUGAUGCGUAUACCAGAGCUGCGUCGACUGGACUGGACAGCGACUGGAAAGAAGCACACCGUCAGCUGUCCAUCCUGAUCCAGGCCAUACAGGGAGCCGCUCACACACUGGGAGACGCCAUUUAGCGAGAACAUAGAGAUACUGAUAUAUGUUAUGAUAUUCAGUUUACAUAUAUAGUAAUAAAGUUUUAAUUAUAUUUCUGUGAAGA